GUACAUCCGACGGGGUCUUGCGAAACCCUAAAGUGCAGCAAACUUGCCACUUCUGAUAAAGCCCUAUUCGACUUCUGCGUAACCCUCUUUCUCGUGAGCGCAAGCAGGUCGGAGCAGCGCAGCGCCAUGAGUCACCGAAAGUUUGAGCAUCCUCGACAUGGAUCCUUGGGGUUUUUACCCCGCAAGCGUGCCAGACGUCAUAGAGGAAAGGUGAAAUCCUUCCCCAAGGAUGACCCGAAGAAGACUCCUCGCCUUACCGCCUUCCUUGGAUACAAGGCGGGUAUGACUCACAUCGUUCGCGAGGUCGAGAAGCCCGGAUCCAAGUUGCACAAGAAGGAAACUUGCGAGGCCGUGACUAUCGUCGAGACCCCACCUAUGAUCAUUGUUGGUCUUGUUGGUUACGUCAAGACUCCUCGCGGUCUGCGCUCUUUGAACACCGUCUGGGCACAGCAUCUGAGCGAUGAGGUGAGGAGACGGUUCUACAGGAGCUGGGCCAAGUCCCGCAAAAAAGCUUUCGUUAAGUACGCUAAGAAGUUCGGUACCGAUGAGGGCAAGAAGGACAUCCAAUCCGAGCUGGAGAGGAUGAAGAAGUACGCCAGCGUCAUCCGUGUUCUCGCCCACACUCAGGUGCGCAAGCUCAAGGGUAUCAAGCAAAAGAAGGCUCACCUCAUGGAGAUCCAGGUCAACGGUGGUUCCAUCGCCGAGAAGGUCGAUUACGGUUACGGAUUCUUUGAGAAGUCCGUCCCAGUGGACGCUGUCUUUUCCAAGGAUGAGAUGAUCGACAUCAUCGGAGUCACCCGAGGUCACGGAUACGAGGGUGUCGUCACCAGAUGGGGAGUCACUAGACUUCCAAGGAAGACUCACAGGGGUCUCCGAAAGGUUGCCUGUAUUGGAGCUUGGCAUCCGGCCCGUGUCUCCUUCACCGUAGCUAGAGCUGGACAGAAUGGUUAUCACCACAGGACGGAAAUGAACAAGAAGGUGUACAAGAUCGGUAAGGCCGGUGAAGGUUCCCACAAGGCUUGCACUGAUUACGAUACCUCUGAGAAGGACAUCACUCCCAUGGGAGGGUUCGCCCACUACGGUAUUGUCAACGAAGACUACUUGAUGAUCAAGGGUUGCGUCGUCGGUCCUAAGAAGAGAGUUGUGACUCUGAGGCAGUCGCUCUGGAAGCAAGUUUCAAGAAGCGCUUUGGAGGAGAUCAAGCUGAAGUUUAUCGAUACUUCUUCGAAGUUCGGACACGGUCGUUUCCAGACUAAGGAAGAGAAGGCCAAGGUUUACGGUAGAGUGAAGGUCUAAAGUAGCUAAUACCGAGGAAUGUUUGGUUCGUGGAGGUGUCGGGCUAAGGAUAUCCACAUCGCGGGCUACGGUCGAUGGUCAGUGUCUCUUCGGAAGGACCGAGGAGUUGAAUGCACCUCUAUCUGUGCACCGCUGCCACGACUGGCCUCCUAUUUGUUUUGCACAACCAUUGCCAUCCGAGUAAAAUCGCCACUCAUGUGGAUUUUUCGCACGCUUUUUCCAAGUAUGCGAUGAUGUGGUUGUGGUGGUCAAUGUGAUGAAUAGACAAUAUAAUUCGUCCAGGUUCUGAAUUCUUGCCGUCGCAGUGUACGUGGGGAAUGAGAGUUAGUUGUACGUUUGUCUCAGACUUCUGAUCGUGUCGUCUCGAGGGACACAAGGUAGAGUCAGGUAGUCUGGCCUCUAAACGAAUGUAGAUUUUUCAGUUUUGACUGAACGAGGAGUAUAGGUUAGAGCUAUGUCUCAAAAUGGACGUUGCCUGUGUACUGUUGAGGAUUAAUAUAUUUCUCUCUACUGACUGGCAAAGGG